UAACAAACAGGUGAAUUGUUGCCUUCCCCCCUCGUACGAACAGUUGUUCAGGACCAAACUGUACAAACGAAAUUUCCAACUAACUGUAUCUGUAUCACUUUGUUCCUCAUAUUUGCAGAACUCCAAUUUCAAAUUAAUCUCUUUCAAACUCAAACCCACAGAGAGAGAGAGAGAGAGAGAAAAUGGGGCUGGAGAUUGUGGAGCCAAACAGGUGCAUAAGAGGUUGCUGUACAAGCAAAUCGAUCCCUCUCCAUCUCCCACCUUCCUCUUACACUCUCCUCUCUCCAAUUGCCCGAGGGGCAGAAAGUGUUGUGUAUGAGGCAACUUUGUUCGGUAAAAAGGUUGCUGUGAAGAAACCCAUCUUGUCUACUUCUGACGACAUUGACAAGUUCCAUAAAGAGCUCCAAUUGUUAUGCAAGAUAGAUCAUCCAGGAAUAGCUACACUGCUUGCAGCACAUGCAAAGCCACCCAAUUACAUGUUUUUCUUCAAGCUCUAUGAAUCUCCGAAUCUUGCAGACAAAUUACAUUCAGAAGAAUGGAGUCCGGGUGUUGAUCAAGCGCUCAUGAUUACAGUCCAGUUAGCAAAGGCUUUGCAAUAUCUCCAUAACCUUGGGAUUGUACAUAGGGAUGUGAAACCAGCAAAUAUUCUUCUUGGCAAAAACCUUUACCCACACCUAGCAGAUUUUGGUUUGGCAGAAUACAAAAAAGAUCUGAAAGGAGUUUCUGUUGAGAACUGGAAAUCAACUGGCAAGCCAACUGGUGGUUUUCACAAAAGAAAUAUGGUUGGGACACUCAUAUAUAUGGCACCUGAAAUUUUAAAGAAGGAGAUCCAUACAGAAAAAUCAGAUGUCUACAGUUUUGGGAUAUCAAUCAAUGAGCUUCUUACUGGUGUCAUCCCAUAUACUGAUCUUCGUGCAGAGGCGCAGGCCCACACAGUGCUGGAGAUGAACUAUACUGAGCAGCAACUUACAGCAGCUGUGGUUUCUGAUAAAUUGAGACCAGUUCUUGCUGGUCCUGAGUUGGGUGCUCCGUCAAGUUUGUUGUCUCUGAUACAGAGGUGUUGGGAUGCAAAUCCUCAGAAUAGACCUUCUUUUGAUGAUAUAGUUGGGGAACUUGAUUCAAUCUUAGAACACAGAAAGACAGUAAAGGAAGAGGAGAUGACCCUUGGUGAACCUCCAAGUUCUAAUGAUGAUCAGCUAAUGGAUGUCACCAACAAGCUUCGAACUUAUCAAGAGAGUAUUAACUGGUCUACUCAGGGAGAACAUUUCUCUGGGAAGGCUUCUUUUGCAGCUGAUUCUAGUAUGAGAAACUGGCUUGAUUUCCCUUAUGAUCCUUUGGCAUACCAUCCUGUACUUUCUUGGGGAUCCUUUGCUACUUGUGGCAGAAGAGAGACCAUGGAGGAUACACAUUUCCUUAUGCCCAAUAUGUGCAAUGAAAAGGAUAUUCAUGUUUUUGGUAUCUUUGAUGGUCAUAGAGGUGCUGCAGCUGCUGAGUUUUCUGCUCGUGCAUUGCCAGGCUUCUUGCAAAGUUUAGGUUCCACAAGCAGUCCUUCAAACGCAUUAUUGGAAGCAUUUGUUAAGACAGAUGCUGCAUUUAGAAAUGAACUGGAUUCUUAUCGUAAAUCUAAGAGAGUUAUUCAAAAAGACUGGCAUCCUGGUUGCACUGCAGUUGCUUCUCUUAUAGUUAGAAACAAGCUUUUUGUUGCCAAUGCUGGUGAUUGCAGGACAAUAUUAUGUCGAGCUGGUCACCCCUUUGUUCUAACUAAGGAUCAUGUUGCUAGCUGUCUCGAGGAGAGAGAGCGUGUUGUUAGUGCAGGAGGACAAGUCAAAUGGCAAGUUGAUACUUGGAGGGUUGGUCCUGCUGCUCUCCAGGUUACUCGCUCCAUUGGUGAUGAUGAUCUUAAGCCUGCUGUAACUGCAGAACCUGAGAUGACUGAAACUGAUCUGUCUGCAGAGGAUGAAUUCCUGGUUAUGGCUAGCGAUGGACUUUGGGAUGUUGUGAGCAAUACAGAUGUUGUAAACAUAAUUAGGGACACUGUCAAAGAGCCUGGAAUGUGUGCUAAAAGAUUGGCGACAGAAGCUGCAGAACGAGGCAGCAAAGAUAACAUCACAGUAAUUGUUGUUUUCCUGCGUCCAGUGUCUACUGCAGAGAGGAUCUAUUAGGAAUAAUUUUUCUAAUACUGAAGGCAAGAUGUCUGAUUGCAAAUCAAUGGUGGUGUGAAAAAUAAAUUUCAUGAUAUUUUGGUGGGACGUCACUGGUAAUGGAAAAAUAAUGAUCUAUGUACAUCAUUCAUAUUUUUUGGUGUCAAAUUCACUGAUAAUUGUAAAAUACUGAUCUUAUGUAUCAAGUAGAUUUAAGCAUUGGUCUUUUUUGUGCCUAAGAGGUCAAGCUUU